GUGAACAGCCAGUUGUUGUUUCUUUCCGGAGUAAUAACACAGUGACACACCCCAGUUGCGAGGGAAAACGAACAGGAUGGCAGGAGGAAAAUCAGCCUUGGUUCUCUGCAUGGAUGUGGGCUUCUCCAUGUCCAACUCUGCCCCAGGUGAAGAACCUCCCUUUGCACUGGCCAAAAAGGUCAUCCAGAAGUUUGUCCAGCGCCAGGUUUUUGCAGAGACUAAGGAUGAACUGGCUUUGGUUCUGUUUGGCACGGAUUCUACCAAAAACCCUCUUGACCAGGAUGGGCAAUACCAGAACAUCACAGUGCAUCGUCAUCUUACGGUGCCAGACUUUGACCUGCUGGAGGAGAUUGAACAUCAGAUCCACCCUGAGAAUCAGCAGGCUGACUGGCUGGAUGCUCUUGUAGUCUGCAUGGAUCUUCUUCAGACAGAAACCCAAGGGAAGAAAUGCGAUCGCCUCAAUAUCGUCUUCCUGACUGACCUGAGCACUGAAGCCAGUUCAGACAAUCUGGAUGUUAUUAUUGAGAACGUGAAAAAAGCUGGAAUCACCCUGCAGUUCUUUUUGCCUUUUCCAUUGGAGGAUAAAGAAGAGGGUGAUGGAGAAAGAACAGGUUCUGGUGACCCCGGUAGGGGCAAAGGCCUCUCUAGGGAACAGCGUAGUGGCCUGGAAAUGGUUAAACACAUCAUGCUGAGUCUGGAUGAGGAGGAUGGUCUGGAUGAAAUUUACACAUUCAGGAAUGCUGUGGAGCAGCUGUGCAUGUUUAAACGCAUUGAGAGGAGACCCAUGACCUGGCCCUGUCAGCUCACCAUCGGCAGCUCUCUGUCCAUCCGUAUUGUUGGCUACAAAGCAGUGACUGAGGAGAAACUGAAGAAAAUGUGGAUCACAGUCGACGCUCAAACCAACAAGAAAGAUGACGUGAAGAGAGAGACUGUUUACUGCCUGGACGACGACAACGAGACAGAGGUGCAGAAGGAAGACAUUAUUCAAGGUUUCCGUUACGGAAGUGACAUUGUUCCUUUCUCCAAAGUGGAUCAGGACCAGAUGAAAUACAAGCAUGACGGGAAGUGCUUUGCUGUUCUGGGAUUCACUAAAAAGAACCUGGUUCUUCGCCACCAGUUUAUGGGAACACAGGUUGUCAAGAUAUUUUGUGCGCGAGAUGAUGAGCAUGCAGGCGUCGCCAUGUCGGCUCUGAUCCGUGGUCUGGAUGAACUCAACAUGGUUGCCAUCGUGCGGUACACCUACGACCGGCGCAGCAAUCCUCAAGUGGGAGCUGCGUUCCCGUGUAUCAAGCCGGAGUAUGAGUGCCUGUUAUACAUCCAGUUGCCCUUCAUGGAAGAUCUUUAUGGAAGACAGCACAUGUUUCCUUCUCUUGAAAACAAUAAGAAGAUCGCUCCAUCAGAGACGCAGCUGUCAGUCGUAGACUCUCUCAUAGACUCUAUGAUGCUUGUAGCAGACGAUGAAAAUGAAGAACUAAGGGAUCUGUUCAAGCCCCACCAUCUUCCCAACCCUGCUUUCCAGAGACACUUCCAGUGUCUGCACCACAGGGCUGUACACCCUGACUCUCCUCUUCCCCCCAUGGAGUCGUGGCUGGAGGCUGCUCUCGACCGCCCUGAGGUCAUUAAGGAGCGCUGCCAAGCUCCACUGGAGGAGAUAAAGAAGCUGUUUCCGCUCACCGAAGUAGAGAAGAAAAAGAAGCUGAAGACAAGUGCUCAGAUUUUUGGCAAAGACUCUGAGGAACCAGAUGCCAAGAAAGCAAAAGAAGACGAAGCAGAGGAAGAGUUCAACCUGGCAGACAUCGCUGAAGGAUCUGUUACUUCUGUGGGAAGCGUUAAUCCGGCCCGGGAUUUCCGUGCUCUGAUCAAACAGAAAACUCUUCCGUUCGGAGAAGUCUGUCAGCAGCUGACUCACAGGAUAGAGCAGCUGCUUAGCAACAAGAACAUGCAAUACUACAUGAAAAGCAUCACCUGUAUCCAGGCUUUCAGAGAGCAGUCUGUUAAGCAGGGGAAUGCUGAUCUGUUCAACAGUUACCUCCAAUCCCUGAAAAGGAGUAUUCCCAGCAGAGCCCUCGAGGUUUUCUGGGACCUGCUUGUUCAAGACGCUGUGACUUUGAUCAGCAAGGACGAGGUGGAAGGAAGCGCUGUGUCGAAAAAUGAAGCCAGUCAGUUUCUGUUGGCUGAGGAGAGGAAAGAGCAACCAGCUCCUGAACUGGUGGAAGAUACUGGAGAUGUUGAUGACUUGCUGGACAUGAUGUAAGAAAAGGAGCGAGAGGAGUACCGGCAGAAAUCUAAGGAAUGUGGUGCUGGAACCCACCCAGAGCAAACCAGUUGAACCGUCCUUUGUCCUGCUUCUUCCACUGGAAAACCCCGUUACAGGGUGCAUUUAGUCAGCUGUACUUUAGAUAACAUUUAACUGAACAAUUAACAAAAAAACUGAGUAAAAACUUUCUGUCCAAUUUUAAAUGUAAAAUUGCUCUCAUUGUAUGAAUCUUUUAUAAUCGCAUUUCCAGUGGUCCAAUGCACUAAAAACUGUAAAAUUCACUGUACUAGAGGUUUAUUAUCUAAAAUCAGUGGUUGAGAAUAUGCUUAACAGCAAAUCUUGUACUUUUUUGUGACAAAAUAUAUUAAAACACAAUGCUGUGUGACAAUGUAGCUGAAUCGUAAUAAACAAGUAUUUUGUUUAAA